UGUUCUGGUCCACACCGAUGGAGCUAAAAAGGGCCACUGCUAUGCAUUGAUUCGUCCGAACCUCGGAUCCCAAUGGUACAAAUUUGACAAUGAGCAAGUGACAACAAAGGAAUUCAAGGGCGAGGAGGAGCUCUACUCCAAUGCCUACAUGCUAGUCUACAUUCGACAGUCCGACCGGGAGAAAAUUCUCUGCACCAAUGAUGUGGAUGGCAUCGCUCAGCCCUUGCAAGCUCGGUUGAAGCGGAAGAGGGAGGAGGGGGAGGAGCUUACAGAGGUCAAGGUGGCACGCGAGGAGGACCUACGGCAGCAGAUUGGACAAAAUGUCUAUCCUAAUCUUGUGGACCAUGCACUAGUCAGGAGCUUCCGAGUGCAGAAGAACAUGCCGUUUUCAGAAUUCAAGGUGGAGAUGUUGAGGAAAUCUCUCAAGAAAGGGAGCACGUCAGUCCAACUGUUUCUGCAAGCUACUCCCCCCAUCCCUUGGCCGUUUGCUCCUGUGCAGGGGUGGAACAAGGAUGAUGUUCUGCUCUUCGUCAAGCUUUACGAUCCGAUGCACAGCAGCAUUAGGUAUGCAGGACAUCUCCUUGUGAAGCCGGAUAACAAGCCUGCGGAUGUGCUCGAGAGGAUCAAGGAGAUGUGUGGCAUUGCUGCCAACGAGAAUGUUUUGAUUUUUGAGGAGAGGAACUUUGUCAUGUCUGUGAAGUGCAAGCGUAUCAACAGGACAACCACUUUCAAAGAAUUGAAGUUGGAAGAGAGCGGCAUUCUGUGGGUGCAGAAGGCACUCACCGCAGCACAGAAGAGCGGUCUGAAGCACCCGGACGUGCCCUCAUUCCUCGAGUUCGUGCAGACCCAGCAGGUGGUGCACUUGAGACGCUUGGAGCAGCCCAGGGAAGACGCGUUCUGUCUGUUGCUUUCCAAGCAGGACACAUAUGACAAAGUGGUGGAGCGACUAGCAGAAAAGCUUGGACUAGCUGAAGCUACCAAGAUUCGGUUCACGAUGCACAACUGCUACUCAUUGCAGCCCAAGCUGACCCCUAUCAAGUACCGAGGGGCGAAGUCCCUUGGUGAUAUGCUUGCUCACGACGAUCAGGCAUCAAGCAUCCUCUACUUUGAGACGCUCGAUGUGCCACUGCCAGAGCUGGAGAAACUCUCGACGCUCGUGACUCUUGACAUCGUGUUUCACGGCAGCAAGGCAAACAAGGUGUCGAUGCACAGAAUUCAGCUGGACCGGCAAUUUACAGUCGCAGAUGUGCUUGCACAGUUGAAGGCAAAGGUGGAGCUCUCUCACCCCGAAGUACAGCUGCGGCUGCUGGGGGUGUUCCCUGACAAGAUAUGCCAGAUCUUGCCACACACUGACAAGAUUGAGAGCAUUGACACCCAGAUGUGGGCCAUUCAUGCUGAAGAGCCACAUUCGCUAGAAACGACGACCAUGGCAGGGCAGUCGUCGCACUCGUCGCAGUCGUCGCAGGUGGCGGUGAUGGUGGUGGCGGCACUUGCGCUGGUGGCGGCGGGCUACUACGUGGGCAGCACGGGGCUCGCCGCCGCGCCCUCGUCGCUGCUCGACUCGUUCGCCCGCUCCAACAAAGCCGCCGCUGACGCCCUCACGGUGGCGGCGCAGGAAGAGGAGGAAGCAGCAGUGGCAGCAGCCGAGGAGGAGAUUCUGAGCGAGGAGGAGGCGCUAGACGCACCCGAUCCGCGGGCAGCCGUGAACGAGUCCGACCCCGCCGUGCUGCGCGUGAUUGCCGAGCGGCGCAGGCGCAGGGAGGCGGCGAGGCAGAAGUACAAAGAGGAGCUGCUGGCGAUGGUGAACGAGGUGAAGCAGGCGGCUGCUGCGCCGGGCGGGCUGAAAGAGGAAGAGACGGUGGCGGAUGUGUCGAACGUGCCGCUGCAGUAUGGCGCCACGGAGAUCAGUCAGCUGGGGGAAGUGGUGGGGAAGGGGGGAGGAGGUGAGAAGGGAGGGAGAGCGGAUGUGAAAGGGGUGACUGGGGCGGAACAGUCGUUGAGGGAACAGUGGAGGAAGGCGAAGGGGGAAAGGGGGGACGAGAAGGGAAAAGCGGAGGCAGGGAAGAAGGGCGGAAACUUAGCCAAGGAAGAAACGCGGAGCGUAUUGAGCGACGAUGAUUCGCGCACUGCGCAUGGUGCGAGACGCGUGGGUGUUCUUUACGGGCCGGCAGGACUCGGAGCUGGUGCGGCAGACCAAGAGGCUGCAAUUCGAAGCUGCCAAGCUGAGGGCGCUGCGGGUGGCACAGCAGCAGGUGGUGGAGGAAACGGCUCUGGAGCAUGUGAGGCGAGUGGUGGGGGAGAUGGAGCAGCUGAAGCAGCAGCUCGAUGGCAUG